AUGGGUCCGACAGAUUUACCACCUCAAUGGAAGGAUGAGACUGCGACUGUCGAAAGGCUCCCAGAAGACGAGGCUGAGAUCAAGAAGUCCGAGUUGGACAACCUUGGUGUUUGGGCAACUGUGAAGAGAUUCAAGAAGGCAGUUCUACUCUGCAACCUUCUGUGCAUCGCAGCCGCAGCUGAUGGGUAUCAAUACACAUUGAACGGCAACGUCAUUGCGAACCUUGGUUUCAUCCGACAUGUCGGCUUCCUCAACGACGAGGGCGAAUACGAGCUCAACGCCGACCACACGGCUCUAUGGGGUGCCAUGCAGUCGCUGGGUCAGAUGGUCGGAAUGCUCUUCCUGAACCCCAUCUCCGACGCUCUUGGCCGCAAGGCGACCCUUUACGUUCUCUGGGUCAUCCAUUGUGGUGCUAUACUUCUGGAGACCUUCGUGCGGGACUGGAGGGGCUGGGCGGGCGCGAAGCUGACUGCUGGCAUUGGCAUCGGUGCUAUUCAGUCCACUCUGCCGGUCUUCAUCUCCGAAUGGGCGCCUGCUAAUUGUCGCGGAGCGAUGGUGCUGGCGUACGGCUUUUGGAACGCUCUGGGUAAAUUCCUCGCGCCUUUGGUGCUCACGGUCCGCGAGGCCGCCGACCCAUACGACUACAAGGUGCCCAUCCUGACCCAAUGCGCAUUCGUGGGCAUCAUGUUACCAAUUCUAUUGUGGCUUCCUGAGACACCUUCAUACUACGCGGCUCGCGAUAUGGACGACAGAGGCAAAGCGAUGCUGCGCAGAGUCAACGGGAACGUGCAGGGCUACGAUGUCGAUGCUGAAUACGCCAUCAUCCGCAACACCAUCGUUCACGAGUUCAAGCGAGAUGAAGCGACGCGUGAGCGGGGAUGGAAGAGCACCCUUCGAUCAUACGGGACAUGUUUCUCACGGCUGCAUGCUCGUCGGACGCUCGGUGCUGCUCUGCCCGCAUGUGCACAACAGUUGACAGGUCUAGCCUUUCUCAACGUGUACUCGAGCUUGUUCUUUCGGCAGAGUGGAUUCGAUAACGCUUUCCUUAUUACCACAAUCACCACCGUCCCGGCCGUUGCCACAAUCGCCGGUCUUAUCCUUGGGACUGACAGGUUCGGGCGCCGUAACAUUGUCCUUGCAUCAACUGCGAUUUGCACGACUGCAAUGUUGAUCGUGGGGAUCCUGGGACAGGUGGAGGCAACGCCGCCGCUUAAGGACUUCUUGAUCUUCAUUGCGUGUGUCUGGUCGUUGUUCAGCGCUGCGCUUGGCGCCCUCGGUUGGUCGUUCGUUGGAGAAGUCGCUUCACAGAAACUCCGCGCCCGUACCGCGGGCAUCGCUGCAGCCAUGUCGGUAGUCUUUGGCUUGACAUUCAAUACUACUGUACCGGUUGUGCUUGAUCCAAGCGGCGUCGAUUGGGGCUACAACACUGCGUGGUUGUUCACAGCCACUGGUGCAGCCAUGUGCGCUAUCACAUGGCUCUUUGUGCCGGAGCCUGCCCAGCGGAACUCUGCCAAAAUGGACGAGAUGUAUGAGAAAGGAGUCUCGGCUUGGAGGAUGAAGAAGUUCGUUACCAAUGUUCAAACUGAGCGGGCAGCCGGUGGAACCUUUGCUGAAACCAAGUAA